GAUCGGUCGGUUCGGCACUCGUUUGAUCGGGGCUGCGGUGCUGGCGGAGCGGGGGUGGCGGCCCCGGAGCCUGGAGCGAGCCCCGCUCCCGGAGUGCGGCGAUGGGGCUGGGCUCUAGCUCUGAGAUCCCCGACGGGGGCGCUGAGGGCUUUCAUGUGCACGGGGUUCAAGAAAACUCUCCCGCUCAGCAGGCCGGGUUGGAACCUUUCUUUGACUUUAUCAUCACAAUAGGACACACCAGGCUAAUCCAGCUAUACGCUGUCAGAAACAAAUCUUUCCUUUCCUGUCUUUCACAGAAUAAAGAAAACACCAUGUUGAAAGAUCUGCUGAAGGCAAAUGCCGAGAAGGCAGUGAAGCUGGAGGUGUACAACAUCAAAACGAUGAAAGUGCGCGAAGUGGAGGUAAUCCCUAGCAACAUGUGGGGAGGGCAAGGACUUCUCGGAGCCAGUGUGAGGUUCUGCACUUUCCAAGGAGCCAACGAACACGUGUGGCAUGUUCUGGACGUAGAACCCGCUUCCCCUGCAGCACUGGCUGGUCUGCAGCCCCACACGGACUACAUUGUUGGAUCAGAUCAGAUACUUCAGGAGUCAGAGGAUUUCUUCUCACUGAUUGAAUCCCAUGAGGGGAAGCCAUUGAAGCUGAUGGUGUAUAACACGGAAACCGAUUCCUGCCGAGAGGUAUUCGUCACUCCCAAUGGAGCCUGGGGUGGAGAAGGAAGUUUAGGAUGUGGUAUUGGAUAUGGCUAUUUGCAUAGAAUUCCAACACAGCCUGUUAUGCCAAAGAAGAAGCAAGAAGAAAUCAAACCACCUUCACCUUUGCCAUCGGAACACAGAUCCCCUGUGCCAUCUACAAAUGGCUACAUAGAGGCUCCAUUGUUGGCACCUAAUUCCCAAAGGGAUAACUCUGAAGAAGUUAUGAACUUGGAUGAAUCUACAGGUCAAGAAAUGAAUAUGUAUUCAAUGGAAAACGCACUUCUCCCUCCUCCUCCCCCUCCUGUCCAGAGAGUUAUGGAUCCAGGUUUUCUAGAUGAGUCUGGUGUUUCAUUUCCUGAAAUUGUUGACUUAAUGAAAAUGCCUAACUUACCUUCCUCUGCCCCGUUCAACAUGUCAGCUGCAGAAUCUUUAGCAGGGACUGAAAGUUUAAUACUUAAUGAUGGAACUACUACUUAUUUUGAGCAUGCCACGGCUUCAGUCCCUGCAGAUCUAACCACGUACGCUGAGGGCUCAGUUACACAGUCACAGUUGGACCAUUUAAUGCCUUCACUGUCCCCUUUACCAUCCUUUGCUCUUCCUAAUGAUAUUUCUUCAAAGGCAACACUAAGAACAGAUUCUGAUUCUCAAGAAACUGAACUACUUGAAGGCUCACCACCCACUAACCCAUUGAAACUUGACAGCGAUGAAAAGACACAUGAACUGAAAGAAGCUAUACAAGACUAGCACUAAAAAGGACACUUCCUUAUGUCGUCAAUCUGCACUCUGCCAUAUGCUGUCAUACUACAUCUCAAAUGUUGACUUUUUGAUCUCUAGAGAUAAUUACAAUUAUUCUAUUUUGUUAGCAUAGGCAAUGCUGUAAGAGUAUACAGGUCCCAUACGCAGCACUUGUUCUCUUAUCUCUUCUCAGCAUUGUUUGUUUGAUGGAAUUUUAUUUAAAUGUUAUACAAAAACAGAUUAGUCUAUUGAUCAUGCAUCUAUUUGGAUAUUCAAUUUUUAAAAUGAUAUUUUUGAAAGAUCUGCUGGAGAUUGGAAAAACUCACUAAUUUUUCUUCUAUUCACAAGCAUUAUUACAAUUGUUUUUAAUUUGUUGAUCAAAAGGCAUAAUUGCCUUUAUGUAAAGAAUAAGCUACAUUUUAAUGAUUAUUUCCCUGGUAUCUUUUACAGUGUUUAAGAAAAAUGCUAGUCAUAAUUUUGACUUCCCAGAAAACAAUUUUUACAUCUUGACCCAAUUUUCCUGAACACACACAUACACACUGUAUUUGUAGAUGUAUAGUUCCAAAAUAAACUGUUUUAUACAGACUUCUUAAUUAACCUGAAAGUAAUGCAAACUUUAUAUAUUGGAACUGACUAAGUGUUCCACUGCCUUUCGUUUAGGGAGUCAAUGGGAGUAAAUUUACUGGUUGCCAUAAAGUUAUUUUUGCAGGAAAUAGUGCACAUUAGAAAGUGCAACAUAUACUGGGUGAUACAGAACGGCAAGUGGCUGUGAUUGGCAUUCAAUAGAUUGUUCAUUGGUCUGGAUCAUGGUCUUUUACAAAGAAAUUUUUUAAAUGAAGAAGUUGUAAGGGAAAUGUUUUUGUGGAGUUAAAAAUUAACUAAGUUGAUGUCUGUUUAAUCAGAUUGUGGUUUUAAGAUGAAGCAUGUGGUUUGAUUCUGGGAUGACUAAAAUUUUAAAUGAAUGUUCUGUUAGAGGUAAUGGAUUGACAGUGAAUAGCCUUGGUACUGGUUUUUAUUAAUCUAUUGUGUAUUUUCCCAUUUCUUAACAAUUUUUAUAUAAAUCUAUAGGUUUAAAACGCUGGAAUAGAACAUGUAGUGUAAUAAUCUGUACUACUUCUAUAGAUUUGUUUUGUUUUCAAACACUUCCUAUACUUUUAAACACUUAUUUUACUUUA